UACAGAAUGCAUCCUCUCUCGAAAUCAGCGACGAUCAAUCCUCUUGGGAUCCUAAAGUGGAAAGAAAGGCACGCAGGAAAAUCGACAUGUCCGUCCUCCCACUCCUCUUCCUCGGCCUCAGUGUUCCAACUAGAUCGGAUGAACCUCGCAAGUGCAUUAACAGGGGGCUUUAUGAAGGCCAUACAUGUCAACCAGAGCACGAUCAACGUGGGGAAUCAGCUCAUGUUCCUGGGUAUUGUUGUGUUGGAGAUUCCGUCGAAUAUGCUGUUGCAGCGGAUAGGUCUACGCAAAUGGAUCGCAGCGCAGGUCUUCAUAUUCGGCGUCAUCGCCAUCCUCCAAGGUCUCAUUAAAAACAGGGCCGGAUUCCUAGCAACACGCAUGUUCCUUGGCCUUGCUGAGGCGGGAUAUAGUCCCGCCUCCAUAUACACCUUGUCUACAUAGUACACGAAACGGGAGCUGGCCAGAAGGGUUGCCGUGCUGUUCUUUGGGAUGUUUGGGGGCAAUGCGAUCUCUCCGCUUCUGGGGGCUGGUAUACUACGGCUUGACGGGAAGAGGGGAUUGUCGGCUUCACGCGCGUUCAAGCAAACGCCCUCGCGGCCAUCGUCUUUUUCUUUGCAUGGGUCAGCGAUGGGACGAAUAGACGUGGGUUCACCGUCAUGGCUGCUAUUGCCAGCUACCUUAUUGUCCUGAUCGUCGCGCGAACGGUGCAUCCCCAUGCCGGGAAAUGGAGUCGGUUUGGGCUCUGGACGGCUGUCAAUGGGCUGGCGGUUGGGUAUCAUCCUAUUCAUAGUACAUGGGUGCAGCUGAAUUGCACCGAUCCGAG